CUGGGGUUGCUGAAGCCCCCUCGGGGAUGGCGCGGCUGACCUUUGGCUUCCCCCAGCUGCCCAUUGGCACCGCCGUCCUGAAGGCGGGCGCCCACCACUACGGCUCGCAGUGCGACCGGAUCAACAAGGAGUUCAUGCUCUGCCGCUGGGAGGAGAAGGACCCGCGGAAAUGCUUGAAGGAGGGCCGGGCCGUGAGCCAGUGCGCGGUGGACUUCUUCAGGCAGAUCAAGCUGCACUGCGCCGAGCCCUUCACCCAGUACUGGACCUGCAUCGACGAUUCCAACGUGUUGGAGUUCCGGCACUGUCGGAAGCAGCAGCAGCUCUUCGACGACUGCGUGCUGCAGAAGCUGGGCUGGGUGAGGCCUGACCUGGGGCAGCUGUCAAAGGUCACUAAAGUGAAGACCGACCGUCCAAUCCCCGAAAAUCCUUGCCAUUCCAGAUCAAGACCACCACCAAACCCACCAGUUGAAGGCGAGUACAAGCCUGCUAAAUAUGGUAACCGAGGUGUUUUCUGGAGUUGGUAGAAAAAAAUUAUCUCUGUGCAUGUACACCAGCCACUAGAGAAAAACAGUGAGUUUUUGAUUUUGAGUGUAAAUUACUCUUUGUUGGUGUUUGAUGGAUCUCAUCUGUAUUCAACAGUCAUUAAAUACAUAUUCUUUGAAUGGUC